AUGCUCAGAAGUGCAGAUAGUGACCUGUAUAUCUACUACGUCAUGGAAGUUGUGGAUUGUUUUGGAAAUGACAAGGCAAUAUUUGCUGGUGCUGCAUCGCCAGAAGGACGUACUAAACUUAUAAGAAUUGACAAUAACAGAAAUAUAUGUGCAAAAAUUGAUAAACCACAACAACACGUAGACCCUGUGGGCCCAGAUAGUAAAAACGAAGAGAGCAACGAUGGGUGUGAAAAUGUGUGCAACAUAUUGUCACAGAGUAUAUUUAAUACAUCACAAAUUAGUAGUAACAGGAUGGGUACAAGCUAUAAGCCCGGAUUCUUCUGCUAA